AUGGCUGGAGCACUCGAAAACGCAGAGCAAUUCGUUCCCAAGAUUAGAGAUCACGAACGCGAAUCCGACUUUGGUACCAUCUUUUCAGUCUCGGGUCCUGUCGUCGUUGCCGAUAACAUGCGUGGUUCGGCCAUGUAUGAAUUGGUCCGUGUAGGCCACGAUGAACUUAUUGGUGAAGUCAUUCGUAUUGAUGGCGACAAGAGUACCAUCCAAGUCUACGAGGAAACUGGUGGUUUGACCGUGGGUGAUCCUGUAUUGCGGUCUGGCAAGCCCUUGUCCGUGGAACUUGGUCCAGGUCUCAUGUCCAACAUUUAUGAUGGUAUUCAGCGUCCGCUCAAGGCCAUUCAAGAUGUCUCAGACAGUAUCUAUAUUCCCCGUGGUAUCGCCACCCCUGCCUUGGAUAAGCAACGUGCCUGGGACUUUGAGCCUAUCAACUUUAAGGUGGGCGAUCACAUCACUGGUGGUGAUAUCUAUGGUACGGUGGUAGAGAACUCUCUCUUGUCCGAUCACGCUAUUAUGCUUCCUCCCAGUGCACGUGGUACCAUUUCUUACCUUGCCCCCAAGGGCCAAUAUACCGUUGAUGAUGUUGUCCUUGAAGCUGAAUUCGAGGGUGAAACUACAAAGUACACCAUGAAGCAACUUUGGGCUGUGCGUUCUCCUCGUCCUGUUGCCGAGAAGCUUUCUGCCAACUACCCCUUGCUCACUGGCCAACGUGUGUUGGAUUCUCUUUUCCCAUGUGUCCAAGGUGGUACCACUGCCAUUCCUGGUGCUUUCGGUUGUGGCAAGACCGUCAUUUCCCAAUCGCUUUCCAAAUACUCCAACUCGGAUAUCAUUAUCUAUGUCGGAUGUGGUGAACGUGGCAAUGAAAUGGCUGAAGUAUUGAUGGAUUUCCCUGAAUUGUCGAUUGAUGUCAAGGGUCGCCAAGAAUCUAUCAUGAAGCGUACUACUCUUGUUGCAAACACCUCCAACAUGCCUGUGGCUGCUCGUGAAGCCUCCAUUUACACUGGUAUCACCCUUUCCGAAUACUUCCGUGAUCAAGGCAAGAACGUGGCCAUGAUGGCUGAUUCUACCUCUCGUUGGGCCGAAGCUUUGCGUGAAAUUUCCGGUCGUUUGGCUGAAAUGCCUGCUGAUUCCGGUUAUCCCGCUUACUUGGGUGCUCGUCUUGCCUCUUUCUAUGAGCGUGCCGGUAAGAGCACUUGUCUUGGUAACCCUGCUCGUGAAGGUAGUGUCACUGUGGUCGGCGCCGUGUCUCCUCCUGGUGGUGAUUUCUCUGAUCCCGUUACUGCAUCCACUCUCGGUAUCGUCCAAGUGUUUUGGGGUCUUGACAAGAAGCUUGCUCAACGCAAACAUUUCCCUUCGGUCAACUGGAACCUCAGUUACUCAAAGUACAUGAAGGUGCUUGAGCCUUUCUAUGAACGUGCCGAUCCCGAAUACAUUUCGUUGCGCGAUCAAUGCAAGGAAAUUUUGCAAAUGGAAGAAAACUUGUCUGAAAUUGUCCAAUUGGUCGGCAAGUCUGGUUUGAAUGAAACGGACAAGGUUACCUUGGAUGUUGCCACUCUUAUCAAGGAUGACUUUUUGCAACAAAACGGUUACAGCAACUACGAUCGUUACUGCCCCUUCUACAAGACCACUUGGAUGCUUCGUAACAUGAUCGGCUUCUACAAGCAUGCCACCCACGUGGUUGAAGCUAGCAACAACCAAAUCACCUGGGCCAAGAUUCGUGAUUCCAUGAGUGAUGUCAUGUACAAGCUCUCUUCCAUGAAGUUCGAGGACCCUGCUGAUGGCGAGGCUGCUCUCGUUGAAAAGUAUACUGCUCUCAACAAGGAGAUCGAAGCUCGAUUCCGUGACAUGGAGCUUUAA